UAAUUAAUCUGGUCUGAGGCCUCUAAGGAUGGUGUCUUGUCAUUGUCAUCGAUGUCAUCCCAUUUUUUAUUUUCGUUUAAAUUAAUUCAAGCAAAAAGCGGACAGGUGGUUUUUUGUUUUGUGGUGUGCUAUCAUUUAAAUAAAAAGAUAUAUGUGGUAAAAAGUAUCAACCUAGAAAAAGGAAUUAAAGAAUAUUUGUGCAACGUACUGUGAGCUGUUUAUGCCAAAAUACCUAUAACAUCAGAGAAUCCAAACGAGUAAAUAUACCUUUCUACCAUGGCCGAUACAAGUAAAGACCAGUCAGUUACCAAAAUUAUGAUUUAUGUAUGUGGAGAAUGUCAUAAAGAAAAUGAAAUAAAACCAAAAGACCCAAUCAGAUGUAGAGAAUGUGGAUAUAGAAUCAUGUAUAAGAAGCGGACUAAGAGAUUGGUUGUUUUUGAUGCUCGCUGAAAAAAGAAGACUACAAAUAUUUCAUUUACUUUAUUAUUCUUACUAUUGUAAAGUAUCCAUCCAUACAAUGUAUAAUUAUUAUGUAGGUAUAAACAAUAAAUGAGUAAAUAUUUGACAAGUCUUUCAUUUAUCCAAUAUAUACACAUUAAUAAUACAUCUAAAACACAUAUUUUUACAUAUUUUAUUCAUUUUAUACUCUUAAGUUUCAAAGUUCGUUUAUAAAUUAUCACCAUUAUUAUAUACUUAAAUAGUUUUUGCUUGGUGGUGUGGGAGACCAAUACACUUAUUUAUCAAAUUGUUUUUCGUUCAGAGCUCUGCACCAGCUAAGCUGAAUAAGGUAGCUAGAUUAUUUUUUUUAUUUUAUUUUUAAAUAAAUUUUAUAUACAUAUAACAACUUAUUACCAAAAUGUCACAUGGGUCAUUUUUUUAUAUGGAGGUUUCAGAUUAUUUACUUCCCCAUUGCAUUAACCGCCUUACUCUGUUUUAUGAAAGUAAAUAUAUGUUAUGGUUACAUGGACCAUAAGCUAUUCACAGAUUAUCUAUAUGCUUCGAUAUGCCUCUCAUGGACAAAGAUACUUGCCUCUGUACUCAAUUUACCACAUUUUGUUUGUAUGAUAAUAUUUAACCAUCUUUUAAUUGUUGUAUAUCGACUUUAUUAAAUCCAUGCUUACCCAUUUUUUUGUGAGCUGCUAUAUAAUUUUAAAUAAUUGAUAUGUCACUUUCGUAAUAUGUACCUACAUAAUUGUUACAUAAUUUUGAGACUUGCUACAUACUAAGUACGAGUAUGCAUACAUGGUAAAAUGAUA